AUGAGUGGAAAUGGCUUUACUAGAAGGAACGGUAAUACGAUGAUUCCAAGGUUUCUAAAUGAUUCAGACGAAGAGAAUUCCGUGCAUCUUCAUCAUGUUAUAGGCAAAGCACAACCAUUAAGAUCGUCUCCAAAGUAUAGAAAUACCACUACAACUUUACCUAAUAAGUCCACAAGAAUAAACAACACAUCUGGAACCCAUUAUAGUAACCGAUUUGAUAUACCAUCGCGGCAAUAUGAUAUUGAUCAAGAGAUUUCAGAUGCUCUAUAUCGAGACAAUAUUGGCGGAGAGACGAUUGCACCAAUUGACGAACAAGAGUUGAAUGAGUCGUAUAAAAUGUUUUUGAAUGGCGAAAUUGAUUCAGACUAUAUAGAGGAUGAAGAUGACGACUACAAUUUAGAAGCUGAAGAUUACGAUUUAACUGAUGAAGAUACUUAUAAUGAAGAAUUAAGUGAAUACAAUAGUCCAAGUGAAGAUGAUGAAAUUGCGCACGAGGUAAAUGGUCUAGAAGAUAUCAGAACAUACCAGAAAAAGAGUGGAAGCUUGAACAAAGCGACUCAUUCAUUUGAAACUACAAAGCUGAACAGAUUUAACAAGGCAAGAGCGCCAAAGGAAAAUGAGAUAUAUGAAGAAAAACCAGAGAGGGAACUUCAGAACCAGGGGAAAUUGAAUAUAGACGAGGAUGAAAGUUCUCGACAUUUGCCUCAGCAAAAAAACGGACGCAUCAAAAAGUGGCUAAUCUAUAUACUUAUAGGAUCAAUAUCUUUUUUGCUAACGCUUUACUUACUGAUAUUUGCUCGCGAUGUUUAUCCACGCCAAGAUUCAAAAUAUACAGAUACUGCUCUCAACGAAAGGUUGAAUCAAUUGACAACUCUCAUAGAGAGCUACCACUAUAGCACACUAGAGAAGUUUGAUAAAUUGGAUUCGCAAUUAUCUUACUUGGAAGAAAAAACAAGAUUAAACUCAGAUCAAGCAGUUGCAUUGAGUAAUGGUCAAGUGCAAGUGAGUCCCGAAUUCCACCAGUUUCUUACCAAUUUUGUCGACUCUUAUCGAAGCAGCAGCAGCAGCAGUAUUAGUAAUGGUGGUAGUGGGAAUGGUAGUAGCAGCAGCAACAACAACGAUGAUAGUGAUGAAAAAGAUAAAUACCUCCUAUUAGAUGAAAGAUUACGCAAACUCGAAAGUCUCAGUGAUUUCCAGAGCCUCAAGCAACAUGUCAACAUGGCUAUUGAAGAUGUUGCCAACACGAUUAAAGUGGAUGUUCAAUCCAGCAUUGAUGAGAUUUUUGAUGGUAUUACAAUAAUCAAUGAUACGCUUGUGCCUCAGCAUGCCACUACUUCGCAAAUUUGGGUGAAUUCAAUGGUUGAUCUUAUUUCAAAGUGUUCAAAGCACAAAAACUAUGCCGAGUUUACCAAUGGUGCAAGGAUAUUGGGGUUUUUAACGUCUAAACCAGAGCUGGAAAAGAGUUGGUUUUUCCAAGCUCUUUUGCCAGGUGGUGCUAGUCAUGAUUUCUUAACUGAUCCGCAUAACGCUAAUCAUGUGAUACUUGAUGACGACAUUGUGUGGGCCGGGGGCGAUGAACUUGGAAUAAGAUUGAGUUCAUCAAUCAUCCCCACUGACAUAUUGAUUGAGUGCGGAGACAUACCUCAAGAAACUCAAGUCUCUAUUGGAUUCAAGCCAGAUUCCAAGGCAGGCUUUGACAAGUUAAGAUUUGAAACUAUGGCAAGUAGUAGCAAUAAAUAUGCAUCAAAGUACAAACUGCUAAAGACCAACAAGCUUUAUGCGUCAAGCAUCAAUCAUAUAAAGUUACCUGUACGGUUCAUCAAUAGUCAAGUCACCGGCAGGAGCUUGUAUUUCAAAUUUGACAAACAUGUCAAUAUUCUGAGUAUCAAAGUAUACGGGAUCACCGAUUUGGAUGCAACAAAUUUUAAGAGCAGGUUGGAAAUGUUGGUGGACAAGUUUCAUGAAGAUGAGACCGUGUCAGCCGUGCAACCACAGCAGGAGCCACAACAGAAACAAAUACAGCACCAAAACCAAAGGAGCAACAAACUAGAUGGAAAUGAAAUGAGAGACAAAGUUUUACUGGAAGAAGUCUAUGAUAUUAAUGAGGAUUUGUACUUGUAG